AUGCGGCACGGCGUUGCGACUGUCCCGGGCUGGCCGCGUGUGGCGAUGCUGCCUGCCCCAUUGGUGGUUUUGGCCAUGGCCGCAGAUGCUGCAGAUACGCAGCCUGACAGGCUCCUUGACCGCGUCUCCCGGCUCCCCCUGCCUCCACAGCCUUCCUGGGCCUUCCUGGAGCUGCAGGCGCGUGUGGAGAUGCCACCUGAGGAGGACCGGGCUAUGCUCUUCCUGGUCGGGGAGGCCAUGCCGAUCAUGGUUGACAGCUCCAGCGAGUCUGAGGGCGACAGCGAGGAGCGAGAAGAGGGCGUUGUCCCAGGCGAAUGCAUCAACAGAGUUCCAUGCCGCCUUGAGGUCCUUGUACAGGUUGCAGUACCCCAGGCAAGAAUGGAUCCCGCACGCUCAGCCCAAAUGUUGACCUUGACAUUGGCUUCUGCAGUCUACGAUGUUCUCGCUGAGACGGGAAAGAUGAAGAUACCGGUGCAGAGAGGAUCGGGGCCCGUUUUCUUUUACAAGCGAACGCAGAAGCACACGUUCCAAAUCGGAGGGCGCAACAACCGCCGAAGUGGAGGCUAUUACGAUACGGAAGCAGAGGCGCUGGCCGCCGCGAAGCGGGUUGGCGGCACGACAAGCCACUUGGAGUGGUUCCACUUGUCCGUCCAUGGCUGGCUAGAACUUUGCCGCAAACACCUCGAGCAGGAGAAUCCGCGGCGCCUGAAUGGGCCUGAAGGCACAAAGGCGGCCGAGGACAGCGACUUGUCAGCACAGUUCAGCGCGCACGCUCGCAGUGUGGACGUCUCUUCUGCCAAGCAUCCGAGGAGCACGUUGUCCUCGAUCCUUCGCCCCGGCACGGUGUGGUGUGGGCAGCGGGGCUGCCUGGACAUGAGAGGUUUUGCAACUGCCUCCGUGGAGGAGCGAGUUAUCAACUCCGUGAAGAAGCGAUCCGGACCGAAAGAGUACAUGAAGCUGCGCGUGGAGGACCUGCGGCUGGAGACCGAGAACAAAUCUGCCCAGCAGAGCGAAGCCCUCAAGGUGCUGGAAGAAACAGAAGUUUCCCUUGACACGAAGUGGGAGGAUCUGAAGUUCGACGAUCUGGACAAGGUGGAGGUGCUCUUAGAGGUUGAGGAGGAGUUCGAGCACGUCAUUUCCGAUGCCGAUUCGGACGCCAUUUCCUCCGUCCAGGGGGUGAUCGAUUACCUCCAGAAGGCUCAGGCGAACAACACGUGGAGCUUAGGGACGUUAGGGUCCUCGGAGGACGAUGGCCUCUACAGCCCCAAGGCACCAUCUGGCUUGGCCUGUGUGGAAGAGACGGCGGGUGGCCCUGAAGCAAUCAGCUGUAUCGCCGGCGACUUUGCCGCUCGCAGGUCGGCUGAGGAUCUUCUCUACGCUUAUUCCGCGGAGCAUCAGAUCUUCUUCAGCAUGGCCGCCGGCCACUGGAUCAUCGCGAUCUGGGAAGAUCGCAAAAACUGGACCUUCCUGCGCGGAGGGUUAACCGUACAAGACACAGUGAGUUUCUUGGACCUUCGGGAAGGGUCCGACCCAAGCUCUUUCCUCUGGCAAGCCUACCUGCUGCACCACACCGUGGCAGCCGUUGCUUUCAUCGCCGCCAUGAGAAUGAAAGUGCGGGCCCGAAAGGAGAAGCCGUUAUUGGCAGCCUACUUUCAAGCACUUUGCAGCAAAGCCAGGCCAAGUGCGGUGUACCUUUACUCGAUCUUCUUCUGGCGAGAGGAGCUGAGCAAGCUGUCUACGAAG